AUGGGGGCCUGUCUCGGGGUCUGCUCCCUGCUCAGCUGCGUGUCGUGUCUCUGUGGCUCUGCCCCGUGCCUGCUCUGCGGCUGCUGCCCCUCGGCCAAGAACUCCACCAUCACCCGCCUCCUCUUCACCAUCUUCCUCUUCCUCGGCACCCUCGUGUCCAUCAUCAUGAUAAUCCCAGGCGUGGAAAAGGAGUUGCACAAGCUCCCUGGUUUCUGUGAAGGCAGUGGGUCAGUGCUGGGGGUCCAGACCAACGUGGACUGCAGCACCUUCCUGGGCCACAAGGCCGUGUACCGCAUGGGCUUCGCCAUGGCCGCCUUCUUCUGCCUCUUUGCUGUGCUCAUGGUGUGCGUGCGCAGCAGCAAGGACCCGCGGGCCGCCCUGCAGAACGGCUUCUGGUUCUUCAAGUUCCUGGUGCUGGUGGGGAUCACGGUGGGGGCCUUCUACAUCCCCGACGGUGCCUUCACCUCAGUCUGGUUUUACUUCGGUGUGGUCGGCUCCUUCCUCUUCAUCCUCAUCCAGCUCGUGCUCCUCAUUGACUUCGCGCACUCCUGGAGCCAGCGGUGGCUGCACAACGCGGACGAGGGCAGUGCCAAGGGCUGGUACGCAGCCCUUUGUGCCGUCACCUUCAUCUUCUAUGCUGCCUCCAUCGUGGCCGUUGUGCUGCUCUACAUCUACUACACCAAGCCUGAGGGCUGCACGGAGGGCAAGGCCUUCAUCAGCAUCAACCUCAUCCUCUGCCUCAUUGUCUCAGUUGUGUCUAUCCUGCCCAAGAUCCAGGAGGCUCAGCCACACUCGGGGCUGCUGCAGGCAUCCCUCAUCACCCUCUACACCAUCUACGUCACAUGGUCUGCCCUGGCCAACGUGCCAACCCAGCGCUGUAACCCCACGCUGCUGGUGAGGAACAGCACUGGUUCAGCCACAGCCACUGAGCCGCUGACAACCUGGUGGGAUGCCCCGAGCAUCGUGGGGCUGGUGAUCUUCAUCCUCUGCACCCUCUUCAUCAGCCUGCGCUCCUCGGACCACCCGCAGGUGAACAAGCUGAUGCUGACGGAGGAGAGCGGGGCCGGGGCCGGGCCGGCCGGGGCGGAGGAGGGCGGGGUGCACCGAGCCUACGACAACGAGCAGGACGGCGUCUCCUACAACUACACCUUCUUCCACCUGUGCCUCCUCCUCGCCGCUCUCUACAUCAUGAUGACCCUCACCAACUGGUACAGGCCGGAUGAGAGCUUGCAGGUGCUGAGGAGCCCCUGGACGGCCGUGUGGGUGAAGAUCUGCUCCAGCUGGGCCGGGCUCCUGCUCUACCUCUGGACCUUGGUGGCUCCGUUGGUGCUGCCGGACCGGGACUUCAGCUAA